CAAACAAGACUCCAAGAACAGAGAAUUUAGAAGUCGCACGAAAAAAGCACCCGGCAAAAGAAGAAAAAAAAAAAAACACUUUCAUCCCACCACAUUUCACACCCCACAAUCGCCAUUUUCAUAUUCGAUCCUAUUCCACUUUCUUUUCGGCUUUUUUCAUAUAUUUCCCGCUGAUUCCGCUCGUUCUGUUCUUGCGCCAACCCCAUUAAAAUCCCCGCUAUCUACCCCUCCCGCGAUUGUCGCUGCUAAGCCGAACGUAAGAGAAAAGGUCGUUUCUUGAGAGAGAGAGAGAGAGAGAGAGGGGGAGAGGGAGGGAGGGAGAGCAACACGACAUUGACAGAGAUUGGAGUCAUUCUUUCUAUCUUUGGAUAGGUUCGUAUAAAACCCACGUUUGUUUCCCACCAUCGUUUUUUGAUCCACCACCUGUUUCUGUUCUUGCCCCCGCGUCAUUCGUCCUUUGUUUUUUGUUCUUUUUUUUCAUAUUCUGAGCUGACCCAGUUCCGAGCUCGCCGGUUCCGCCCCCUGCUCGAUCCGGGUCGGCCGGAACCCACCGGAAUUGUGCGAAUGCCCAUCUCCGGAUUUAGGCUUAAGCCUUGAUGGGGUGCGUGAGCUCGAAGCAAGCGGUGUCCGUGACCCCAGCGGUCGACCACUCGGGGCAGUUCAAGGACAAUGCGGGGAAGGGCUGUGGCAGCUCGGGUCGGAGCCGAGUCGCGUGGGUCGAGUUGGAGAAGAAGAAGAAGGGCGAGUCGGGGGUUUGGGUGGGGCUGAGCGGGAGCGAGCUGGGCGAGUCCGGGAGGGCGAGUUCGAAUGGCGAUUCCUUGAGCUUUAGGUUGGGGAAUUUGCAGAAGUACGUGGAGGGCGAGCAGGUGGCGGCUGGGUGGCCGGCGUGGCUCAGCGCCGUGGCCGGCGAGGCGAUCCAUGGCUGGGUGCCGCUGCGAGCCGACGCGUUCGAGAAGUUGGAGAAGAUUGGACAGGGUACAUAUAGCAGUGUCUUUCGAGCACGAGAUCUUGAAAGUGGAAGGAUUGUUGCUCUAAAGAAAGUUCGGUUUGACAACUUUGAGCCAGAAAGCGUCAGAUUUAUGGCACGAGAAAUUUUGAUUCUCCGCAGGCUUGACCAUCCAAAUAUUAUGAAACUGGAGGGGUUAAUUACUUCUAGAUUAUCAUGCAGCAUAUAUCUCGUGUUUGAGUACAUGGAGCAUGAUAUAACUGGACUUUUGUCUUGCCCAGAGAUCAAAUUCAGCGAGGCGCAGAUCAAGUGCUACAUGAAGCAAUUACUGUCUGGACUUGAUCAUUGUCACUCGAGGGGUAUAAUGCAUCGGGACAUCAAGGGAUCAAAUCUUUUGGUAAACAAUGAAGGAAUUCUGAAGGUGGCUGACUUUGGAUUGGCCAAUUUCUGUAGUUCUGGAAACAGGCAGCCCUUGACUAGCCGUGUUGUAACUUUGUGGUACCGACCUCCUGAACUUCUGCUAGGAUCAACAGAUUAUGGAGCAUCAGUCGAUCUUUGGAGUGUUGGCUGUGUGUUUGCAGAAAUUCUCCUUGGAAAACCCAUUCUUCAGGGAAGGACCGAGGUUGAACAAUUGCACAAAAUUUUCAAGCUGUGCGGCUCGCCACCUGAUGAUUACUGGAAGAAAUCUAGACUUCCUCACGCAACACUCUUCAAACCUCAGCAGCCAUAUGAUAGCUGCCUUAGGGAAACCUUUACAGAUUUGCCUGUUGCUGCCGUGGAUUUGAUAGAAACACUUCUUUCGGUUGAACCUCACAAGCGUGGGAAUGCUUCAUCAGCUCUUGCAUCUGAGUAUUUCAGAAUGAAGCCUUAUGCAUGUGAACCGUCAAGCUUGCCGAUAUACCCUCCUAGCAAAGAGAUUGAUGCAAAAAAUCGUGAGGAAGCGAGAAGGAAAAAGGGUGGUGGGAGAGUUCGUGGACAUGAUACUGCAAGAAAACAAACUAGAAAACCCCAUGGAACCAGUAAAUUGGCACCAACUCAGGAUUUCGCGCCCCAAGCUAAAGUUGCAGACAGAAUCGAAGUCAAUGGCAGUAAGCUGCACAUCCUUAAGGAGGGCAAAGUCAUGUCAGGCUGGGACGCACCGAAGCCGUCACUAGAUUUACCCGAAGAGGCUUCUCACGCGAAGAAUGCAUCUCAAGGAGACAUUCCUUUCUCUGGCCCAUUACAGGUAUCUUCAUCAAGUGGCUUUGCCUGGGCAAAAAGGAGAAAAGAGGAGGCUCCUGUUAGAUCCCACACUAGAUCCAUUUCUAGAGGUCACAUUUUCAAUGGGUUAGAACCUUCUAUUACCUUGCUAGCAAGGAAUAACGCCGACUCGAAGCGUCAUGAAAACGGUAACUUACCAUAUGCGGCACGGACAAACUCCAGAGGCCAUUACUCAUAUGACAUUGUGAAGAAUGUGAUUCCGAACCAAUGGGGUCACUUUGAGCGUCCAGAUUCCUUUGAUGCUUCUGAUGAAUACCACUCCCAAGAACUAUCUUUGGCACAAUAUCAAAAAGAGGAAAUGGCGGCUAAGAGAAACAAUUUGGAUUACAAUGGGCAUGCAGACAAAGUUGAAUUUUCAGGGCCAUUAUUGUCUCAGUCUCACAGAGUUGAUGAACUCUUGGAAAAACAUGAAAGGCACAUUCGUCAAGCAGUCCGAAGAUCAUGGUUCCAAAGAGGUAAGAAGCAGGAUAGAUAACAAGAUACCACUCCUGGAACAUUUGGAGCUAGAAAACUUCAGUGGACGAAAUUGGUAAUAUGACGUUCGGCUUCUCAAACACAAAUUCAGAUGGACGCUGCUGAAAUGCCGAUAUUUACGAGUCAUUAACUGACUAUGCUACCCCAAGAGACGCUGGCCAUGGAGGGAUUGUAGAAAAAGAGAGAUUGCAUGUGCAGGGACUUACAGUUAUCGAGUGACAGAGCAGGAAGAGAUCAGGAGGAAGCAAGGAACCAGGAUGUUUCAUUUUUGUGAUAAUGGCUCAUCUUUUUGACCUUUGUGUCCUUGUCCAUUUUUCGCUCAUCUCAAUUACAUUUGCUUUCGGACGGUUUAUCAUAUCCCUGGCAGCAAUGUACAGAUGAAUGGAGAUGGAUUUCGAUGGCCUUUGGUGUUCCAAAUGUUUC